GAGCAACAUCUCGAGAAUUAAACAAGGAAGGUGGAGAGGAGAGAAAAGAAGGCAGCCUUCUUGCUGGGGGGUUGAAGAUGGACCUCAAAGGGAGCCAAGCAACGUGAGAGCCACCUCGGGAAGGAUCCUGGAAGGCUGCAGCAGGAGAAAGUCAGCUCGCCAACCUCCACAAAUAUUCUCAUUCUCACACACUCCCACGUGGCCCUGGAAAAUGUCACCCGAAUUGCAGCAUCCAUCUUUUGUCCCCGCACCGAAACUCACGGCUUGCUCCCAGCCCCGGACUCUCCAAGGGCGAUGGAGAACAUCACGUUCCUGCUGUACUCGGUAAACGCUAGUGCCAACUCCUCGGAGGCCGGCUGCAGCGAGGAGGACCAUCCUUACAAGUGCAAGUUCAACGAGGACUUCAAAUACAUCCUCCUGCCCGUCUCCUACAGCAUCGUCUUCGUGGUGGGCCUGACCCUCAACCUGCUGGCCCUCUACAUCUUCAUCUUCCGCAUCAAGACCUGGAACACAUCCACCACCUACAUGUUCAACUUGGCGGUAUCCGACUUGCUCUACGUCAUCUCCUUGCCCUUGCUGGUCUACUACUACGCCAUGGAGGACAACUGGCCCUUCAGCGUGGGCUUGUGCAAGAUUGUCCGCUUCCUUUUCUACACUAACCUGUACUGCAGCAUCCUCUUCCUCCUUUGUAUCAGCGCCCACCGUUUCAUGGGCGUCUGCCUCCCUCUGAAGUCCCUGGAGUGGGGUCAAGUCCGCUACGCCCGUUGGGUCUCCGCCGUUGUCUGGUUGGUGGUGAUCUCCUGCCAGUCCCCGGUCCUCUUCUUUGUCACCACCAGCCAGAGGUGUAACAGCAUCACCUGCCACGACACGUCCGCCAAAGAACUCUUCGACCAGUUCCUCAUCUACAGCUCAGUGAUGUUGGUUCUUCUCUUCUGCAUCCCUUUCCUUCUUCUCAUCAUCUGCUACUGCAUGAUGGCUCGGAAACUUCUCCAGCCCACGCGGGGCAUCUCCCGCAUGUCCAGCUCCAAGAAGAAAUCCGUCAAGAUGAUCAUCAUCGUGAUGUUGGUCUUCAUCGUUUGCUUCCUGCCCUUCCACAUCACCCGUACUCUGUAUUAUUCCUUCCGCAGCUGGGAUCUCAGUUGCCCCACGCUGAACGCCAUCAACCUGGCCUACAAACUCACCCGCCCUUUGGCCAGCACCAACAGCUGCCUGGACCCCAUCCUCUACUUUUUGGCCGGGCAAAAGUUUGUCAAAUUUGCUUGCCCUCAGACCACAGCGAAAAAUGGUACCCAAUCGGGGACGAGCACCAUUCCCCAUUGCAAUUUUCGGAAACGAGACAACUUAGCCAUGAAAGCCAAAAACACGGUAUCAUCGUAGCCAGUUCUCGUUUCGAACGUUUCCUGCAAAUAUGUUCUUUUGGGGAAGUCGCCGAUAUUAGGAAAGACACCUUCUGAAAUUCUACAAAGGUGUUUGCCAUCAAAGUUGGUACGAAUGGUACAACGGAGGCAUGAAAAAAAUCACUAUUUAAAUGACUCGUUUGUUAGAAGGACAGAGAGCCUUCUAACGCUCAAGCACUUGUCUAGGUUUCCAAGGUGUAUCUUGCAUCACGGAAGGUCAAUUGUCGAUAGAACGAGAGGAGAUUCUCUCUUGCGAAACCAAAAUUAAUGUAAAUCAGACACUGGCUGGGUUCCCACAACAUGGAAACAGGGUUAAAAUGUGGCUUGGCAGGACAAGAGGCCAGGAUGGGCCGGCAACAGCUGACACCGAGGUCUUAUCACUUCCUUGUUCCUAAAUAUUGUAAUGUUUUCCUUUGCAAUGAUGGACAAUGUUUCCUUUGUUAAUGUCCCUUCGAGACUUUUUAGAAGGGUUUUGUGAUGACCCGGGGCGUGACACAAAGGCAACACAGCCCGAGAACCGAUGUGAGUCCAACUGUGCCCCCCAAUGUCCCUUUCAACUCUCCGGCCUGGAGAGAGAGCUCUUCCACCAACCUGUAAUAAUCUUUGGCUGGCAAUACUUCAGCCCCAAAUGUUGUAAGCAGAAAACUUCCAACUAAAAAUCUAAGAAGGCAAGACCAGCAGGCAAGCAAAAUAAGGAAUUCCAGGAGUAAAGUAGCGUGGCAAUAAAUCAAACUAGUUGGGAGGAUGCCAAGAUUCAAAGAAACACCAGAUAAACUCAGCGUUUGUCCCCGACAACUGCCCCUCUCAUUUGCCUCUCCUUUUAAUCUCCAUCAGCAGCUGUGCCUUGUAAAGGGGAUCCGGUCCCUUUCCUCCCUCAUAAGCCACGCAACCCACUCAUGUUGCUCUCUUCUCCGUUCCUCCCUGCCUAGGAUGAGGAGGGGGUGGGCCUUGGUCUUCGUCUGAACCCCCUCUCCCUUGUUCUACCUCUCCCCUGCUCUGCCCAGCCUGACUUUGCCCUUCCCCAGUUUCUUCCCCAGCCAACGGAUCCCCUCUCUCACUCUCUUGUCAGCCGUUCCUCUUCCCCUUCGGAUUCAGACUCCGACAGGGGCCAGACAGGUUUUGCUUCUGAGAGACGGAACAGAAUCAAAAUAACAGUUUUACUGACAUAGUAAAUAGAUAGUAGUAAUAGUAGUCCAUUGUGGUUUGUGAUGUGGGAAGUCAACCACUGAAAUGCCUUUGAAUAAAACAUGUUAGUCUGAAAAAAUGCCACUGGAUGCUGAUUUUUGGCUAAAAGAGACUAACAUGCUUGUGUUCCUACAAUGUUAACAUGUUGGGUGAGCCAAGCCGUCGCGCUAAGUCAUUCUGGCUUAGUUUAAACCGGGGUCUCCAACCUUGGCCACUUUAAGACUUGUG